AUUGUGUUGUAUGCCCCACAAUAUACACCCGUUGGGCCCCAUAUAUGCGUGGUGUUUAUUCGGGCAUGGAUGUAGAUUAGGGUGUGCAACACCAAAUCGGUGUCUGCUACGCCCACCAAGGCCAACUUCAAGGCUUCUAGCAACACGAAUCGUGUAACACAGAAAAUCCAAGAUGUACUGGAAAAGUCUUUUGGUGCUGGCGCUCGCCGUGCCUGGCCGAGCGAUCGUUCGUUUUCACUGCUCGCAGCUCGUUCGAGAGCGAUUAGAUCCUCUGGUGGAACCGGGCGCGAAUCCGUCCGCGCAUGUACAUCAGAUCGUUGGCGGCAACUCGUUCAACGCGACGAUGGAACCUGGGAAAGAUAUGCCUGGCGAGAGCACUUGUACGACGUGCACGUUUGCCGAUGACUUUUCAAACUACUGGACUGCUGUCAUGUAUUUCCGUGCCAAAAACGGCACGUAUAAAAGGGUGCCCAACAUCGGGAACAACCAGUUUGAGAAAGCGAACGGGGGCCUGACAAUCUACUACAUGCAAGAUGCCAUCUACGACGAGAACCAGAAAUCGAACGUGACAGCCUUCAAGCCGGGCUUCCGAAUGUUCAUCGGAGACGUACACGCUAGGACUCUUGCAGAAGCCUCGCGGUACAGGUACCUGACCUACACGUGCUUGGACACCUGGACGCAGCGCUCGCCAGAGACUAUUGCAUUCCCGCAGCGCAAGUGCAAAGAGGGCAUCAUGACGACGCUGCGCUUUCCCACAUGCUGGGAUGGGAAGAAUCUCGACAGCCCCGACCACAUGUCGCACAUGAGCUACCCCGAAACCGGCACCUUCGAGAGCGGCGGCCCGUGUCCUGCCACACAUCCCGUUCGCACUGCUCAGGUGAUGUUCGAGGUUCUCUGGGACACAAAGCAGUUCAAUGACCUGGAGUGGCCAGAGGACGGGAGAAACCCGUUCGUGUGGUCUUUUGGAGACGCCACCGGAUAUGCCAACCAUGCGGAUUACGUCUUUGGGUGGAAAGACAAUUCGCUGCAGAAAGUGCUGGAUUCGCCAUGCUACUUUUACACAAACUGCUCCGAGUAUGGACACAAGCUGCAGUCAGUGGAGGAUAUGAAUAAGUGUGCGCAGAAGCCGGUUCUUGAAGAGGAUAUAGACGGCUGGCUUGAUGCGUUGCCAGGUGGUUAUCAGUCUCAGUAUGGACCGACGUCGGGAUGA